GACACGACGACGCCCCACGUGCAAACCGCAGUGCUUGGCACCAUCAUUAACACGCCAUACUUAACGCUGAUUGCACUUAUUAAUUCUGUAGCCACGAGAUGAUGAUGGCAAGUUCAAACGGAGCUGGAGGCAGAGCUAGAGUGAGACUGUGAGAGUGAACAAGAGAUAAGCUAAGCUAGUACAGCAACCAGCAAGAACAAAGAAGAGUGGCCGGAGUGGGCGGGGGAGAUGAGCUCGGCGGCGGCGGCGACGAGGUUCAUCAAGUGCGUCACCGUGGGGGACGGCGCGGUGGGGAAGACGUGCAUGCUCAUCUGCUACACCUGCAACAAGUUCCCCACCGAUUACAUCCCCACCGUGUUCGACAACUUCAGCGCCAAUGUCUCCGUGGACGGGAGCGUCGUCAACCUCGGCCUCUGGGACACUGCAGGUCAGGAGGAUUACAGCAGGUUGAGGCCUCUGAGCUACAGGGGAGCCGAUGUGUUCAUCCUGUCCUUCUCCCUGAUAAGCAGGGCGAGCUAUGAGAAUGUUCAGAAGAAGUGGAUGCCAGAGCUUCGCCGGUUUGCGCCUGGUGUUCCUGUAGUUCUUGUUGGAACCAAGUUGGAUCUCCGUGAAGAUAGGGCCUAUCUUGCUGAUCAUCCAGCUUCUUCCAUAAUAACAACGGAGCAGGGAGAAGAACUGAGGAAGCUAAUAGGAGCGGUCGCCUACAUCGAAUGCAGCUCCAAGACACAGAGAAACAUUAAAGCUGUUUUCGACACUGCCAUCAAAGUGGUGCUUCAACCUCCAAGACAUAAGGAUGUAACCAGAAAGAAACUCCAAUCAAGCUCCAAUCGGCCAGUAAGGCGGUACUUUUGCGGAAGCGCUUGUUUCGCGUAGUCAAUAACCAAGAAGAAAAAAAUGUGGUUUUUGUUCCAUCACCAUGAUGUUCAGAUGGCCCCAUGGAUCUACUCAGAAUGGGAUAGAAGAUCAUGGUUGAAUCAACAUUGCUUGCAGCUAGGAGGAACUUCUAGUUCUCUUUUUUUCUGCAGUGGAGCUCCUUUUGUUUCUCCUUUCUCUUUUUUUCUUAUGUUGUAAAAGCUCCAGAAAGUUUUACCCUUGGUAAUAAGAUGUGCUCUUCUGGAUGGCUACCUUUACCCGUA